AAUGGAUAAUGAGAGAGGCUCAAAUUUCACGUCUCUCUCUCUUAACCUGCUUCCAUUUUGUUUUGUUUUGUUGAAGAAACUUCAACUGCAUGGGAUCAUACGGUCAACUGUAACUACCCGCUCAUACAUUACUCGCUUCUCACAUCUUUCUUGCCCAUCAUCAUAUUCUUGUUUUUCUUAUUACUUUCAUCCACCCUGCAACCUAUCCAUAUUGAUCAGUAAUGAUGGAGAUAGAAGCAAACAAAGCCGCAGGAGGAAAUGGAAUGCUGGGAGCGGCGUUGAGUCCUCUGAGCGAGACCAUCUGGAGAGACAAAACCAACAGAGAAGUGGUCGGCGAUGUCUCUGCAAGGCUCACGUGGAAGGAUCUGACUGUGAUGGUCACCCUCAGCAACGGGGAGACGCAGAAUGUUCUGGAGGGACUCACAGGCUACGCUGAACCAGGAUGCCUUACUGCUCUCAUGGGUCCUUCUGGCUCUGGCAAAUCCACUCUCCUCGACGCUCUCUCCGGUCGCCUUGCUGCCAACGCUUUCCUUUCUGGAUCCAUUCUUCUUAAUGGUCGCAAAACCAAGCUCUCUUUUGGAACUGCUGCCUACGUGACCCAAGAUGACAACUUGAUUGGUACUCUUACGGUGAGGGAAACGAUCUCCUAUUCUGCUCGGUUGCGUCUCCCUGAUAAGAUGCUCCGGUCAGAGAAACGAGCCCUGGUUGAGAGUACCAUUAUAGAGAUGGGCCUGCAGGAUUGCGCAGAUACAGUUAUUGGAAAUUGGCACUUGCGAGGGAUCAGUGGAGGUGAGAAGAGAAGGGUGAGCAUUGCUCUUGAAAUUCUUAUGAGGCCUAGAUUGCUCUUUCUGGAUGAACCCACGAGUGGACUCGACAGUGCUUCCGCUUUCUUUGUAACUCAGACGCUACGUGGUCUAUCUAGAGAUGGAAGGACUGUCAUAGCUUCAAUUCACCAGCCUAGCAGUGAAGUUUUUGAGCUUUUUGACAGAUUGUACUUACUUUCAGGAGGCAAAACUGUAUAUUUUGGCCAGGCUUCAGAGGCAUACGAGUUCUUUGCCCAAGCUGGCUUUCCCUGUCCUGCUUUGAGGAACCCGUCUGACCAUUUCCUAAGAUGCAUCAAUUCUGACUUUGACAAAGUAAAGGCUACUCUCAAGGGCUCCAUGAAACUGCGGUUCGAAUCAAGUGAGGAUCCUUUGGAUAAGAUAACAACAGCUGAGGCUAUACGAACUCUAGUUGAUAACUACCGAACUUCUCAGUACAGUUAUGCUGCAAGAGAAAGAGUUGAGGAGAUAUCCAAAGUUAAAGGAACGGUGCUGGAUUCAGGAGGAAGUGAGGCUAGUUUCUUAAUGCAGUCCUUUACUUUAACCAAACGUUCCUUCAUCAAUAUGUCAAGGGACUUCGGAUAUUACUGGCUUAGGCUUGUGAUAUAUAUUGUUGUCACCGUCUGUAUUGGAACUAUCUACUUUAAUGUUGGAACGGGUUACAACUCAAUCCUGGCUAGAGGUUCAUGUGCCUCCUUUGUAUUUGGAUUUGUGACUUUCAUGUCAAUUGGCGGGUUCCCUUCAUUUGUGGAAGAUAUGAAGGUUUUCCAAAGAGAGAGACUGAAUGGGCACUAUGGUGUGACUGCUUUCGUGAUCAGCAAUACCAUCUCUGCAAUGCCAUUCCUGAUCAUGAUCACUUUCAUCUCCGGAACUAUUUGCUACUUCAUGGUCCGCCUUCACCCAGGGUUCGAACAUUAUUUAUUUUUCGUAUUGUGCCUCUAUGCAAGUGUCACUGUUGUUGAGAGCUUGAUGAUGGCCAUAGCCAGCAUCGUCCCCAACUUCCUCAUGGGUAUCAUCAUUGGUGCUGGAAUUCAGGGCAUAUUCAUGCUAGUGUCCGGAUACUUUAGGCUUCCGAAUGACAUACCGAAACCUGUUUGGCGUUAUCCGAUGUCCUAUAUCAGUUUCCACUUCUGGGCUCUACAGGGGCAAUAUCAGAAUGAUCUGAGAGGAUUGUGGUUUGACAACCAGAGACCGGAUCUUCCGAAGAUUGACGGUGAGUACAUCCUGGAGUACAUAUUCCAGAUUGAUGUGAAGCGGUCAAAAUGGGUGAAUCUAAGCGUGAUCUUCAGUAUGAUUGUGGUGUACCGCAUCAUCUUUUUUAUCAUGAUAAAGAUAAGCGAGGAUGUGACCCCUUGGAUCAGAGGUUAUGUAGCUAGGAGGAGAAUGCAGCAGAAGAAUGGAACUCAAAAUACUACUGUAGCUCCUGAUGCUCUCACGCAGUCCCCUUCUCUGAGGGCUUAUGUCGCAAAUCGCUCUGCUCCAACUCUUCAAAGAUAAAUGCCAAUCGUGUAUCUUCUUCUAACCACCUAUUGCUAGCCUAUACACGUUACAAGCCCUUUAUUUAUAUUUAUAUUUAUAUUUAUAUUUAUAUGUAGCUCAAUCUCUACUUAUAGGUGUGUACAAUUGAACAAAACCAACUGGAUAGUUUUCGUUUGGAUUUCUAUGCGUCUCCCUCCCUAAUCUUAAAUUACUCCUACUGAAAUCAAUAAACUUUGAUUCUCAUACA